AUGGGUGUCAAAAGAAUAUGGGGCCUCAUCGGAGCAUUUGCGGGAAAGAGAGCGGCUAAUAUUAGUAACACAAAUGAUCUGUGUUCAGAAGAAUUAAAACGACUGCAAGAUGAAUUAGUGAGAGAGGAUGUUAAACCUAUACCGCAUGACAGUAUCCGGAAAUGUGGCGCAGGACGCUGGUUAAAUUUAUCCCGAAACCAGGAGGAAAGGGUACCAGACCGAAAGGAAAGGUCUGCAAUGGACUGUGUGAUAGCAUUGGCAUCGGACAUCCUGGAGGGAUUCACAGAGGGAAAGGGUACAGUGGCGGUGGCUCUGGACAUUAAAGGGGCCUUCAAUGCGCUUUUGCCGGCGGAGGUGGGGAUCAGUAUUGAAAAUGAGACAAUUCCAAAUACUCCAACACUUUUUUACCUUGGAGUAAUUUUGGAUAGUAAACUCACAUGGGAACCCCACAUAAGAUAUAUUGAGGGGAAAGCAUCACAAUCACUAAAUGUGCUUAGAACGCUGGCAAAGGUGACUUAUGGAGCGGAUCCAGGAUCCAUGCUGAUGGUCUACAAAGGAUUCCCCUGGGCGCUUCUGGAGUGGGGUUCGAUUCUAAUAGCAGGCGCCAACAAAACGACUCUGCGAAGAUUGGAUAAAGUCCAGAACAGUGCACUUCGCAUUGCUAUGGGCUGUAUGAGAACAACACCAAUCCCAAUCCUCUUAUCAGAGGCAGCUUAUUUCGACCAGGAUUGGGUUAAUGUGGUUUAUGAUGUUGAGCCUUUCUUUGAUACCGAGAUAGGAUAUGAAGUCAGAAUGGCUGAUUCUCCGGAACUAGUGUUAGAUGGGUUUCUUGAUCGGGAAUUUCAGGGUUACGUGGUAAUUUAUACGGACGGAUCCUAUCUGGAAUCGGGAAGUAGAUCAGGUGCAGGUAUUUUUAUUCCAUCUUUGGGAUAUAGACAGGGGACAAAACUGACUGACUGUUACUCGGCUCUAUCUGCGGAGCUAAAUGCUAUUUUGCUAGCUCUGAAGUGCAUAGAAACAAUGGGAAUUUACAGGGCGACUGACAGACUCUCUCUCUCUGACAAAAUAAUAUUUGACAUUGUUGAUGAGAUAAGAACAAAAGUGAUGAGAGGAGGAGACAUACGAUUGGUGUGGAUCCCCUCUCACUCGCAAAUAUCAGGUAAUAAUGAAGCUGACAGAUUGGCAAAGAUGUCAGGAAAUUUCCUUGCAGGCGUCAAAUCGAAACCAAAUAGGAUUGAUAUUAAAAAAAUGAUCGAUAGAGAUUUUGAAGCAACAAAAAAAAGAGAAUGGCCAUUUUUCCCAAUAGAAAGAACUAGACAAAAAUAUUUCGAAUAUAUAAAUGAAAAAACGGAGAGACCAUGGUUCCGGGGAUACGACUUGCCGAGAUCUACCGUAAAUUUAAUAACCAGAAUGAGGACGGGUCACGUAUGCACUGGAGAACAGUUCCUGAGAAUGAAUUGGAAUAUCUCACCAGAGUGUAAAUGUGGAGCAGAAAUCAGCUCCCUACGUCAUUAUGUUUUUGAAUGUGAUCUGUUCGAAGAAGGAAGAGAUGCCUUCAGGAACUUUGUAUCUCGGAAAUUCAAAUCAACUCCUAUGACUGAUACACAAUGGGAUUCACUUAUAUACAAUCCAAACAUGCAAGUUGUUACCGAGAUAGGAAGGUUUCUGAGGGUAGAGGGAAUAAUAAUAUAG